AUGGGUCGCUGCGCCCCAGAGCAUCCGGGUGUCAUGUCCCGGCUGCGCCUCUGGGCCCCACUGCUGCUCCGCACGUGGCAAUCAUUGUGGCUGCUGGUCCAGGCAGCUCAGCCUCCGGAGUGGGCCCUGGACCAUGCCCAGCUGACCGCCGACCUCCUGGGGCCCACCGAGCCCUGGUCUUCACAGUCCUCUCAAUUCCCGCCCUAAUCGCUCCAUGCACUUACACCCCCAGGAGAGGGGUCCUCUGCUCCAGCCCAAUUGUUGGCCCUGCCUAAGGAGUUGACUGAGACUUUGGUUCCAUUCCCGGACACGGAUUCAGUUGGUAAGCUGCCCCCAGAGGCAGAGCAGGAUCUGAUUGACUGGCUAACCCAGCUGGAAAGGCUCCCAGAGGUGGUUCCAAGGCUAGGUUGGGAUCAGAAUCAGACCAUAGCUCCGCCUCCUCGACUCCAAAGUACGAUUAAAACUGUAGGUCUAGAUCAGGCUAAAGAUCACCAGUCAUUUGAAAUACUUGUUCCACCUCUGGAUAGUCACAGUUCAAAGCCAAGGAAGUUUAUUGUUUCACCCCCAAACCUGGAGAAAGAUCUAGCUCAGCAUCAAAGGCUUGCCAAAGUUGUUGGAACUCCAAGCCAAUUUGCAAAUAAAGACCACCUACAACAACAGUUGCAGGAUGGUUAUUCAGAUUCCAGUAUGGAUAUCCUAUAUCCUGAGGUGAAUGUACCAAUGGAUUUCCCAGGGGGAUCAGAUCAACCUCCAAAGCUCCCUGAGGAGGUUGAAAUUCCUCCACUCCUGCAGGAGACCCCAAAUCAUUUAGAGUUGCCUGAGGAAGCUGAAUCUUUUUGGCCUCAGGUGGAGGCCCAGGCCCAACAUUCAGAGCCCCCUGAGGAGAUAGAAACAUCUUCAAUUCAGCAGGGGGCUCCAUCUCCGCCUCCAGAGAUCCUUAAGGAAGGUGUAAACCCACAGGAGACCCUGGCUGAGCCUUCAAGUACCCCUGAAGAAAUCAAACUUUCUUUACUAGAACAGAAAGCCUCAGCUCAACCCACAGAGGCCGCUGAGGAAGUAGAACCUUCGACCCCUCAGGAGGCCUCAGCUCAACCGACAGAGGCCCCUGAGGAAGUAGAACGUUCGACCCCUCAGGAGUCCCCAGCUCAACCUCCAGAGCCAUCUAAGGAGAUGGUACCUCAACCAAUAGCACAUGAGGUGAAUGUGCCAUCUUUAAGUAAGAAUGAAGCUUAGUGGCCAAACUUCUCCAACGUCACUGUUAAACCUGUGGAUCUGGUACUUACUUUAACUCUAAGUCAGCCUCCAGAGCGCACCGAGGAGGCUCAGGCUUCUCCAAUCCAGCAGGAGGCCCCAGCUCAGCCUGUAGAGCGCCCCGAGGAGGCUGGGCCCACCCCAGUCCAGCCGGAGGCGCCGGCUCGGCCAGCAGAGCAUCCCGAGGAGGCUGGGCCCACUCCAGUCCAGGUAGAGGCCCCGGUUCAGCCACUAGAGCUCCCCGAGGAGGCUGGACCCACCCCAGCCCUGCCGGAGGCCCCGGCUUGGCCAACAGAGCGCCCCGACGAGGCUGGCCCCACCCCAGGCCAGCCAGAAGCCCCGGCUUGGCCUGCAGAGCGCCCCGAGGAGGCUGGACCUAGUCCAGUCCAACAGGAGGCCCCAACUCUAGUUCCAGAGUUUCCUAUGGAGUAUCUAUUUCAAACUUCAGUAAGUGAUGAGGUGAUAAGUCAACCUAUAAGCCACUAUCCAACUUAUUUAAGGUUUUCCAGUGUUACACAUAAAUCUGCGGAUGUGGAACUUACCGUAACUCCAGAGCUGGCUAAGGAGGUUGAAUCUUCUACAGCCCAGCAGGAGGCCCCAGCUCAGUCCCCUGUCCCCCAGCAGGACCCAGCUAUGUCUCCUGAACCCCCUAAGGAGGUGGAACUUUCUCCCACACAGCAGGAGGCCCCAGCUCAGUCCCCUGUCCCCCAGCAGGCCCCAGCUAUAUCUCCUGAGCCCCCUAAGGAGGUGGAAUCUUCUCCCACACAGCCAGAGGUCCCAGCUCAGCCUUCAGAGCCCCCUCAGAAGGUAGAACCAUCUCCAGCCCAGCAGGAAACCCCAGCUCAGCCUCUAGAACUCCCAGGCAAAGUAGAACCUUUUCCAAUCUCUCAAGAGACCCAUUCUCAGCUUCCACAGUCUCCUGAGAAGGUAGAAUCCUCUCCAGUCCUGCAAGAAGCCCCAUCUCUACCUCUAGAGCCCCUUAAGGAGGUAGAACCUUCUCCAACCCAGCAGGAGGCUCCAGCUCAGCCUCCAGAACCACGUAAGGAGGUUGCAGCAGAACCUCCAGUCCGUCAUGAGGUGAUAGUUCCACCUCUAGGACAAGAGCAAGCUCAGCCUUCAAACUUGCCCAGUGCCACUGUUAAACCUGUUGACCUGGAGCUUACUGUAACU